CCGUGUGUGUUGUUGUCGUCUAGGUGUGUUCGGAAGUGAUCGCACCGUGUGGUAGAUUCUAGAGUGUCUUUGAUUGUUGUGUGUUUUGACUUCUGCUAUGCCGAUUGGAAACUUAUUAAUGAUGCAGAACAGUUGAACUUCUUAGUGAAGACCUAAAGCACUGAGAAGAGAAAUAAAAAACCCAGACUUCUAUCAUUCUUUAGAUCUAGAUCUAGUUUUCUAUGACUUACAUAGCGUCUAGAGUCUAGAACUCUAUAGAUCUUGGCAUUCUAGGGUGAGAGUCAAGUGGUUACAUAACGUGGAGUUACAAAAAAAAUACUUGCCACCGUGUCAAGUGUCUAGAACCUACGGCUGUUGUUUUGCCAGUGUUAAAACAUGGGGCCGAUGAAUGGACAUUCCAAUGGCCUGAAGCUGGACAACUAGAGACAAUUUAUCCAUUUCGUUGACACAAACAAACAAAUGGUCAUUUGAGACCUUUGUCUUGAGAGUUUUAUUUAGUAGCUGGUUAUAGAGACUUUCAAACUAAGGAAAUUAGUGAUUACACUGAAGACUGUCUUGGAAGUUUAUAUUUUGUAACUGGUUAUAGAGACUUUCAAACCAAGAAGACCAGUGAUUACACUGAAGACUUGACAUUCAAAUUACUUCGAACUUUGAUAAGGACUAUUAACAGAUGCUGAAGGAUUUAUUUCUGGAACGAAUUGAACAUAAGGGAGGGGUAAUCAUGAAAUAAUAUGUCUGAUAUCUCAACUUCGCCUGUUCUCGACCUAAAUGUUCGUCUCAAACGUACAGUUAGAUAACAAAAAUACGAAGAAACAACAACAGCUCCAUCGUCCUGGGCUAUCAUUUACCAUUUGAAUGUACUAGAAGAGACUCAAUGCCCCCCUCGCUUAGGCAGCUCAGUGAAUGAUGGUAGAUACAGAGUAACAUCAGAUGUACAAGAAUGACUUGACCGUAAGUUGUUUGACGGAAUGACCUCACGCACUUGACGUGGUCAUCUAUCAAGGACUCAAAGCAUACAGUUGCAUCAAUAUUUGCAUGCUGUGACGUCAGGCGUGAACGUUUCCUUCUUGGCUGCAUUACUGGAUUUCUCGGACUAUAUUGUGUCAAUCUCCGGAGCCGACCCUGCAUCAAGGCAGGCCAACAACGGAAACACUGUGGCUCCGCCAGCGACCAUAUCACCUCCGGCAGCCGCUACAGCACCCUCACCGCUGCCGCACGGGCUGCUGCAGACGUCUGCGGCGAAAUUACGGGGAACUAUUGCGCCCCACACGUUCACUACCGCCAUCUUGCCCCAGCCGCCGUUGCCCAUGGCAACAGGGAUGGAGCGCAAACGGAAAAACAGCAACACGUCUAUAGACGCCUUCGAGUCAGACGAUGAAGAUGAUCUGCAGGGGAAGGGAGGUCAGUCAAGCUCGUGUGCAGACAUCAGUGACGUAGAUGCCAGACAUCCUGGGAUGAGUCCAGUUACCCGCCAGAACCACAGUGAGAUAGAAAAACGAAGGCGGGACAAGAUGAACACUUACAUUACAGAGUUGUCUGCUUUGAUCCCAAUGUGCAGCGCCAUGAACCGGAAGUUAGACAAGCUGACAGUAUUACGUAUGGCAGUACAGCAUAUCAGCUCGGUCAAAGGUUCCAGUAAAGUUUGUUCUGCAGCCAGUGAGAAACCAUCUUACAUUUCCGAAGACGAUCUCAAACAACUUACACUGAAAGUGGCUGAUGGCUUUCUGUUUGUAGUAGGUUGUGAUAGAGGCCGGAUACUGUAUGUAUCUGAGUCAGUGAAAGAUAUUCUCAUGUAUUCACAGUCUGAUUUAAUAGGUCAAAGCUUGUUUGAUAUAUUACACCCUCGUGACAUCAGUAAAGUCAAAGAACAGCUGUCCUCAUCAGACCUGACACCAAGAGAACGACUUAUUGAUGCCAAAACCAUGUUACCAGUAAAAACUGAUUACCCUCAGAAACCAACACACCUGUGUUCAGGUGCCAGGCGGUCAUUUUUCUGCCACAUGAAAUCUGCUGGUAAAGUUUCUGCUGACCUCCUAGCAUCCAUCAGAGUCAAGAAAGAGCUGAUGGAGACAUCCUACCAUCGGAAGAGGAAAUCAGAAAGAAAGAAUUUUAAAGUGAUACACUGCACUGGAUAUCUGAAGUCUUGGAGCAAAGCUAAAAUAGGUCUUGAUGAGGAUACUGAGGCUGACAAUGACUGCUCCAUAUUGAACUGCCUGGUAGCCAUUGGUCGUGAGCAGCCGACGUGUAGUCAAUACUUGAAUGAAGAGAGCAGCAAUAUAAAGGUCAGGGCCAUGGAGUAUACAUCCAGGCAUAAUGUGGAUGGCAAGUUUACUUAUGUGGAUGAGAGGGCGACUGUUAUUCUUGGUUACUUACCUCAGGAACUGUUAGGUACCUCAGUGUAUGAAUAUUAUCAUCAAGAUGAUAUCCCAACCUUAGGUCAAGUUCAUAGAAAAGUGUUGACGGCUAAAGAUAAAAUAGAGACAGAUGUUUACAGGUUUAAAUUAAAAAGUGGAAAAUUCUUACAUUUAAAAUCUCGGUGCUUUGGCUUCAGGAAUCCAUGGACAAAGGAAGUGGAAUAUAUUGUCUCAACCAAUACAGUUGUACAAAUGCAAGAAGUCACAAGUUCUGGUCAGAUAUUUGAAACAACUUUAACUUUACCUGAAGAUAGCAACGAAUUUCAAACAUUAGAAAUGAUAGAUCCUGCCUCUAGUUCUAAAACAACUGUUGCAAGUAUACCAGGAAUUUUAGGUGGGACUUUACCUGGUGCUGGCAGGAUUGGGAAACAGAUUGCUGAUGAGUGCAUGGAACAGUUGAGUAAGACACCAGUAACGCCAGCUGACAGCAGUAAUACAGGGAGCCAACAGCAAGGAACACCAGCAGCAGCCAAUAACUCUGGCUUCAAGCUGCCCAGCUCCAACUACACCUCAUCCUCCUCUGUGGUGGCCAACACUUCAGGUCUGCACUAUGGCAACACUUUAAGUGACACAAGUACUAGCAACAACAACAAUAAUAACAAUGCCUCACAGAUACCAUCAGCCUACAUGUCUUCAUCUGCUUCUCAUUUUGAUGCUAAACUAGCCCCACCAUCUGGCUCUUCCCAUUGGCUGGAUGUCAGUCAUGUGGAGCACUCAGGCAAUGGGAUCAGUCACUACCAUCAUUCUCAAUCAGAUGACUCCUCAACUGAAGGCUCACUCAUUCAGAGUGUCAUGCAAGAGCAGACCAUGGACAACAUUCAGAACCCAGGAAAUGACGCCAAUGACGAGGCUGCGCUUGCUUUUCUGAUGAGCCUGCUAGAGGCAGAUGCUGGCUUGGGAGGGCCAGUGGACUUUAAUGACCUCCCCUGGCCUUUGUGAUAUUGUGAAUGGCCUGGACACUUCUUAUGUUGUAUUUUGAAAAGCCUGGAAUUUUACUCAUGUCAUGUUGUGUUUGGCCUGGACUCUUAUGUGACUGUGAAUAGGCUGGACACUCUUAAAGUAAUACUGACAAUAGCCUGCGCAGUUGUCAUGUUAUGAAUGGCCUGGACACUUCUUAUGUUAUCAAAUUGUUUUAUAAAUUUAGUGAUACCAUUGUUGUUUCUCCAUUUGCCUGUGCUCACUUCAGAUGGAUUUGACUCUUAUUAUGUUUUCACUGUUGGUAAGUUUAUGAUUCCUUCCAUUACUGUUGAUCAGUUGUUAUCAUACAAUGUAUUUUUAUUGUGAGAGCCUUUUGGAGCUCAUAUUUUAAUUGUAAUUACUGAAUGGUAGAAUAGCAUUAAGAAUUAAUUAGUCAGCACUCACAGUACCAAUACUAUAGAAUUGAAACAUUUUACAGUCUUAGAUGGUCAGUGUUGACCAUCACGUUUCUUUACUUUUAUCAUUACACUUAAGGCUUAUCAUUACACUUAGUCUCAUCCUGGUGAGCAAGGAAAUUAUUACAUCUCCUGAUAUCUGUUGAGACACAAUUGUUAUCAAGACAUUGUCAUCCUGACAUCUGUUGAGACAAGUAACACCAUAGUUAUCUAGACAUUGUCAUCCUGACAUCUGUUGAGACAAGUAACACCAUAGUUAUCUAGACAUUGUCAUCCUGACAUCUGUUGAGACAAGUAACACCAUAGUUAUCUAGACAUUGUCAUCCUGACAUCUGUUGAGACAAGUAACACCAUAGUUAUCUAGACAUUGAUUCUUAUGACAAGUUGUAUGUGCCUGACGUUUGUCCAAGUGCCACUUAGCCCUCAUGUCUACACUAUGAGCUAGGGAAAACAUUUUGAGAUGUGUUAUUCUCAGCUCUUGCCUUGUGUGUUUCUUGUUAUAGUUUUACAACUUGAUCUGGGUCUUUGUCUCUUUUGAGCAGACACACAGAGUCAACAGAUGCCAAUUGAUUAAAACACUAUCAAGUCACAAAGUGUCAAAGAAAAAAUAGUUUCUUACUGUUUAACUGUACCACAACAUUAGAAGAGAGAGUCUUGAAUGAACUGUCUCAUUGAAACCAGUAGUAAUAACUAAUUCACUUCAGUAUCUGUAUUGAUUUUAGUCAUUCAAUGACCCAAUAUUUAAAGUACCUUAAGUUACUAAGCAACACAGCCAUAUCUAACCUUGUACACAUAUAUACACAUACAUACACAUGCAUAAAAUAGACAUACAAGAUUGUGUUUCCUAUUGUCUUGUUGAAACCUAAAUAAUCUUCAAUUUCAGGUUGGCUUAUUGUGAGCAUUCUUUUUUGUGUGUGUGUGUGAUGGUAUAUUAAUAACACAUAUUUUCACUGGUUGUUAUAUAAUUUCUUUCUGUCAUUUCUUUAGAAUAAUGCUACUUACUGGCAAUGAGAUGGUCUAAGAAGUUAAACUUUCAAACUUUUGUAAGGGAUCUGACGAGAGCAGAAUAAAUUCUAGAGCUCAGCCUUAUUGUUAUUUAUUAAAUAAACUUUCUUUCAAAAGUUAAAGUUUUUAAAUUUAUUAAAUUGUUUUCCAUUUAUUUAUAUUGCUUACACCCAACAACACCCUUUAUAUUUACCUACCCAGUUCAACUAGAAAUGUUGGCUAGAUAUUGAAGACUAAUGUAGUCUGCCUUUUUUUUUUUUUUUGGUGGAAGGGAGGGGGGGGGGUCUUUUUCUGUCUUGCUGCAGUCAUCACUAUACAUCUAGUGUAGUCUCUUUUAUUUUAUUUCAAACUUAAUUCAGGGAUUGAUUUUAAACUCAGUUUAGCUUUUUUUAAUUUGAAUGUGUAUUUUUUUUUUCAUAUUCUUGUUUAUUUUUAAAGUUUUCAAGUUUCAGUAUACUUGUAGUAUAAUGUCUACCUCUAUUCAUCAAUAUUAUCUAUUUCUUAUGUCUGUUGUGUAUAAUGCUAUUGUUUUUGUUUUAUAAAUUAACCUUAGAUAGACUCCUGUCUCAUAUGUGCCAUGAAUAUCAUCUCAAAAAAUUUCAUGCAAAUUUAAUUCACAUAGAUGUAUUGUCUGUAUUAAAACAUCUCUCAAUAUUAAGGAAGAUUCAGAAAAAUUGUAGCUGCAUCACAGACAAGAAGUUUGUUAAUGGCCUUUAGUUACCCUAGUUGAUAUCUAGCAAUAAACAAAAUGUGAUCGUAAAGACUCUCUUGACUAACAUAGAAGUAGACUUGAUUUAUAUCUAUUUAAAAUUUAAAUCUGUUAGAUUUCUUAAAAUUAUAUUUUUAAAUACAUUAAAUUGUAUUUUUACCUAAGAUUCCUAGACUAGACUGUUUAUUUAACUUAAUUUAAUUGUUAUAGGACAAUAAGACUAAAACCUAGACUUACAAACUGAAUAAAAACUACAUAAAAACAGCAUAACUUUUAUCUAACUAAUGUUUAAAUCUAAUUGAAUACACAGGAUUUUCAUAAAUCUUUUUUUUUAAAUAUGCAAGUCUCAAUUCAACUAAUUAAUAGCCCAAUUUAUUACUAUGUUAUUGAACUCAGUAUUUUGGAAAUCUUUGCAAUUUAUUACAAAUAUACAAAUAUAAUUAUAAUAAUAAUAUGGCAUUGUUUUCAAUUAUCUUAUGAUUGCAGUAUUUCACAUGACCAUGAAAAUCCAGUUGUGACCUGCAUAUUUUGCACAUCAAAUUCAGACAAAGCUGUUGUCCACUGGGGGUAUAUUUAAGUUUUAUUUUCAUGGUCUGCACCUGUCUUCAGUAAUGGAUAUAUUUAGUGUCUCAAACGUGUGUUCUACAACCCUCUUGAGAGCUCUCCACCUUUUGGAGACCUUCUGCUUUCUUACAUGCCAGUUAUGAAACCCUCUUGAGAGCUCUCCACCUUUUUCAGAGACCUUCUGCUUUCCUACAUGCCAGUCAUUUUAGGUGAUCAUCACUUUUGAAUAUGUUUUUAGUUCAUAAAUAGGAGCUCACUGGAAUAGAGGUCCUAGGCUUGUAUGCCUUAAAGACAAUACUGCAUGGGAUAUAACUCUUUCAAAACCUCAACAAAAAAUCUACUCCAAUUGUUUAGAAAGAAUGAAACUGAACGAGCUUGAACUAAGCCUGUCACUUGGUACAAAUUGUUCUCUUUAGUGUUUCACCCCCAUCUGCUUCAUCUAAUGUUAACAUGUACAGAGUCUCUUAUAACAUAUACACUGCAAUAUAAUUAGUGUAGUUAUAGUAAUAUUAAAGGUAGUGUCUCUAUCAUGGUCACACUAUUAUAUUUUUAAAAACAUAAAUAUGCACAUAAAUAUAUAAAAGUUAUUUUCCCUUAACCUAAAGACAUUAGGACCAGGUCAAACUUUUAGUUUAAAGCUUGUGAUACUUCAAAAAUGUUAAAUGGUUUUUCUUCUGCAUAGAUCUGUAUAGUUUGUUUCUAAUGCAUGCUCCAACAGACACUUCUUGAAGAUAUAAAAAGAAUUGAUUUGCAUCAUCUAGAGCAGAAGCAAGACUGCAUCCAGUAAAUCAAUAAAGCAAAGUUUAAUUCAGGAGCAGUUGGCCAAGGUCACACGUGUCUUUCAAAUUUUGUCCAACAUUUUUUGCUGAUAUUGAAAAUUUCAAGGUGUCUUCAAUGCUACAAUGUUUAAUUACUAUUGAUCAGUAUAAUCUUUGGUUGAAUCCAUACAAAUAGUUGUUUGAUAAUUGUGAUAACUUUGAGAAAGAAUCUUGAUCUAACAGUAGGGUAUAAUUGUGUUGUUCACACUUUAAAAAGAUGAUGUUGAUUGAAACUGGUAGCAAACUGUUCUCACUAGAGACAUCUGGAGAGAACACAGGGAUGCCUAAUUGCUACUUUGAUUAAUUGUCCAGCGCAUACAAAAGACAAGACAUAGUCCUUACACUAAAUUAAUAACGUUUCACUUUAGGAGAUAUUGAUUAGUUUGUUCUACCCAAAUUUUUAUUUAAAUACUAUUAUGUUUUACUACAAAAC